CGAAAGAUAUUGUUACAAGUGACAACAAUUUGUCUUACUUCCGGUGUAAACCCCCGCCACAAUCUAAAAUGUGAAAAAUUAUUUUAUUGUUGAAAAUGUUUAUAAAAGACCUCAGAAAGGGCUUUUAUGACGAGAUCUUACAUCAGAGAGUGCUUGUUUUAGUUGCCUUUGAUAUUGAUGCUCUAUGUGCCUGUAAAAUACUUCAGUAUUUAUUCCAGUGUGACCAAAUCCUGUAUACAAUAGUUCCUGUAACAGGAAAAGAAGAAUUAGAGAAAGCUUAUGUAGAAAAUUCAGAAGGGGUUAAACAUGUGAUAUUUAUAAACUGUGGAGCAUCAGUAGAUGUUGUUGAGACUUUACAGCCAGAAGAGAGCGUUAGAUUUUAUAUAUGUGAUAGCCACAGACCAGUAGAUGUACACAAUGUAUUUAAUGCUGUACAAGUCAAGCUGUUAAUGAAGGAAGAAGAGUUUGAUGAGUUACCAGAUUAUGAUUCUUUAUUCAGAGAUGAUGAUUCAGACGAUGAUUCAGGAAAUGAUAGUGAUACCUCAGAAAGAUCAGGAAAAAGAAAAAGGUUUGAUGAUGAAGCUAUUGAAAAGAGACGAGAUAAAAGAAUCUGGGAUGAGAAUAGACAGAAGAUAUUAUUUGAAUAUAAUCAGUUCUCUACAUAUGGCACUUCUGCUUCUCUAAUAAUGUUUGAGUUGGCGUGGAAAAUGUCUAAAGAUACAAAUGAUUUAGUAUGGUUGGCUGUCGUAGGAGUAACAGAUCAAUAUAUACAUUUUAAAACUCCCAGGGAUAAAUAUAUUGAUGAUGCAAUGGCUCUAGAGUCACAUGUUGCUAGACAUAAUCACAGAGGUGAUGAUGAAGAUAAUAUCAUAUCUAUAAACUGUUUAAAAAUAGUGUUUGAUGAAGAAUUACAAUUAACAUUAUAUCGACAUUGGUCGUUGUUUGACAGUAUAUGUCAUUCGGUUAACUUGGCUUGUAAAUUCAAAGUUUGGACGUUAAAGGGACAGAAAAGAUUACAUGAAUUUUUAGCAGAAAUGGGAAUGCCAUUGAGUCAGUGUAAACAGAAAUUUUCCUCAAUGGAAUCGUCUUUACGACAUAACAUAAAACAGAUGAUUCAAGAUCACAUGACAAAAUAUGGUUUAACUAACCAGGAUGUUGUGAUACCAUCAUUUUCAGCCCAGUAUGGUUAUAAAAAUAAAUUAUGUGCAGCUGACUAUGUGUUGGCGUGUGUUGCUACACUAGAAAAUAUAGAUAAGAAUAAAAGUGCUACGGAUAACUUUUUGAGUGCAUUAGAUAUUUUACAAAGGGUAAAUGUAGCUUCUCUAGAGAAGGCAGUAGAAUUAGCCAAGAAACAGACACAAGCCAUAGUGACCCAGGUUCAGACAUUUCUUGACAUGCAUCAGGUUAUAUCAGCUGGGCCAUUCUUGUAUGCUUUUAUACAAGAGGGCACAAUGGAUGUCAAGUUCUUUGCCAAACCACAAUGUUUGAUGAGAUUAGCCAGGUUUACAUUAGAAGCUCACUGUUCUGUUAGUCGUAACAAGAGAGCUAGAAGUCUUCCACUGGUUUUAGGUGCUCCUUUAGACGGAGAACAGGGAACAACUCUAGUUAUAGGCAUCCCUCCACUUCAGCUGGAUGAAGAAAGGAAGAAUUUCUUUGGUAAAGCAUUUGAGCAGGCAGCUGUUAGUACCAAUUCUAGAACUUUGCAUGACAGUUUUGACAGUUACAUUAUGGAAAUGAAAACAGAAGACAGAAGCAAGUUUUUUGAUGCCUUAAUAAGUCUUCUUAAUUAAAUAGCAAUGUUGUAGUAUCGCCUUUAACAAAGUAUGAUCUUUAGACAUGUAAAGAUAUCUUAAUAUGUGUAUUCCAUGAUAAUAAUUAGAAUGGAGGAUAUUUAGAACUAUUUCUGCCUGGUUCUGUGAAGAUAAUAUUACAUGAUAUAGAUUUUGUGCGAUGAACAAGUUGAUUUAAUUUAUUACUGCUAAAGAUAUACAUAUCUAAAGUUUGUUAAAGCUAUGGUGUCAUUAAAGCAUAAAAUUACCAUGCAAAUAUUAAGAAUCAACUGUUUAUCCAAUUGUUUUACAACUGAAGAAAGUGUCAAAAAUGUCACUUUAAAAGGUUGUAUUUUUUUUGUGCUACAAUGUAUUUGAUUCAUUAUUCUUUGUGUCACUAAUAUAAUUUUUAAAAUAUUAUUUAGGCAGUCAAAACUUGAAUUUGAAUAUCUAUGAAAUGCAUAUUCAAUUUAUUUUAUUUGUAGGGAAUGCUUGUUUGAUCCUGGAUCUAUAGUAAAGAAGAGUAUAGCAUGUAUAGAUCCAAUUCCAAACAGGAAAUAUUUAUUUAUUAGAAGUACUAUAAAUAUUACAUUUAUUCUCGGAAAGGGUUGCAUAAGUAGCUAUUUACCUCGAAUAAAAGAGGAGUUAUAAGAAAUUUAACAAUUUUUUUUUCUUAUGGUGUUAAAAUGCAUUGAGAUGAGAGUAAUGUGUUGACUCUCCCAGUUUUUCUGGGGUUGUUUUCAAACAUACAAAUCCUAUUUUGGACCUUUAUUUGUAUUAUAGUAUGAUUUCUUUAUAACCAAUGAAUCCUCACUUUAAGUGCUAUCUGUUUUCUGUGUUUUGUAGGUUAUUGUUUGCCAUUUUUUCUUUCGACCAUUGCCUUAUUCUAUUUAUAUUUUCUUGGUUGACUUUCAACUUUUCAUAAAAAAUAUUUAAUGAAUGACUGUAAUAUUUUUGCUGUCUAUGAAGAAAUAACAUAUAAAAUUUAGUGCACACUGAAUAACAGGCAUAGCGGGUUAUUUAACAGUGUGCACCACAUUUUUUAUGUUAUUUCGAAUAGACAGCAACAAUAUUACAGUCAUUUCUUAUAAUUUAAUUCUAAAUUUCAUUUUAAACCGUAGAAAACGAUGAAAAUAAGUUGUUGACGUCACUGUCACAUGAAUACAUUAUGUCUAUGGCUGAUAACAAAAUAACAUCAGCCAAUCUGAAGACGCGUUACAUCUAAAAUUAAAAUAUAAGAAUUUAAAAAAACAAGGACCGUAGUCUUUACUCCUCAAUUUUAGUGAAAAAAUAUUACUUAGAAAUUAGCCUGUCUCUUUGAAUUGUGUUCAAGCUUAUUUAAAAAAUACAACCAAUAAUUUGUUGUGAAUUGUAAAUACAUUUGUUUUUAUGGAGGGUUUGGAUCAGGAGUAUUUCAUUUCUUUUUCUUUAAUUUAUUAAAAUGUUUUUCUUUAUUCUUAAUUUAUUUUGCCUGUUUUUCUCUAUAUCUUUAUAUGUCAGUACUCCAUUAUUAUAUUUUCUAAAUUUUUUGUCCCCAUUUAUCUCUAUUCUUUAUUUUCGUAUUCAUUUAUUCUGCAUUUAUUUACCAUCAUUCUCUAGUAUGUAACCUCCAUCCUCAUUAAGUAUUUAUGUUGUAAGUGAUUAUGCUUAAACAUGUAUCAUGUGACAUUAAAUGUUUUUAAUUGUAUAGAAUUAAUUGUACUAAUUUAUAUUAAAUUAUCAUAUCUGUA